AUGGCCCAAAUUGCAUCCUUGCAUAAAUGUCAGAGUAUACCUCACACAACAUUUGCACGACUGCUUUUUUACCCCUUUGAGGGCAGCCAGGAUACGAUAACCUCACUGAGGACUUUAAGGGCAUCUCUACAGGUCCUCGAAGAGGCCCUUGCGUUGCCGUCCCUGCUACGAUACAGCUUUGCGCUCUGUAAGGGGGGCCAACCGAAGCAAUGUCCUACGUUCCGAAGAAUGUUCGUGACACCGCGGCUAAGAACGACCACUACGCCAAGCUGGCUAGGGAGCAAGCGGAGGAAACACGAUACUCAGUCAUAGCGCAAUGGGCCGAGCGUGAUCUUAAGCGAGACCCAGCGGACUCGCUGAGGGGGGCCACAACCACUCUACAUGCAGCGAGUAAAGAGCGCAGCCUUGGAGUGAAGGCCGGAGUGGAAGUGGUGAAGGCCGCACGGCAAGCUCGGCUAAAGGAACUUUACGAGCGGGAAGCCCUGAUGUACGAAAAGGAGCUCAACGCCCGGGGGCUAAGCCUUGUUAAACCGCGAGACUAAGGAGCGCGACGUCCACAUAAUUAGCGGCUUGCACUGCUUCUCCUCUAUUGGAAAACGACAACGACAAGCUGCCAGCCAGCCAGAUCUCUAGAGACCUGUAGAUAGAGUAUUAGUCAGAACAGCCAGAUUAGCUUGUUAUUGGGGCGUUGACCCGCCCUAGACUGCACGACCUAGCACAACCGGACCUAGCAGCAGAAAGCCCCUGGCGACACCAGCUGCUGGCUCCCAUGCGCGGACUCCUCACAACUGACAACGCCACGUUUCGCAAACGAUCCCUCUCACGUACCCGACCAGCACCUGUUAACAGCUACCUACCAGCCACCACCGCCAGCCACACCUCACCCCAACACCUGCACCCGUGCAUGGCUCCUUCCCCAACACCUACACGUGGGCAGAGGACGCUCGGAGCGCACGCCUGUACCAGGUCCAGGCAUCUUUCACCGAAACGCCUCACUAGCUUUUACACACCACCAG